UCAGGAAGUUUGUUGGUGAGGAACAUGGGAGCAAAAAGCUGCUUCACCUUGUUUGUUCUAAAUGUGGGACCUUCAGAGGUCUGGAUGUUUCAUAUUCCAUUAGUAAAGCUGAGAUAUAUGUAGACCCAGGGCUAUUCAAAGCUUUUGAGAUAAGAAACAAGAUUUUGAAAUUGAUCCUUUUGACCCACAGGUGCCAGCACUAUUAUUAUUAUUAUUAUUAGUAGUAGUAGUAGUAGUAGUAGUAUGAGCUAUUGUUACGUUUGUGGAAAAAAAAACUACAUUUCCCAGAAACCUUGUCUUUUGCUACGUCAUCACCACGCGCCUGUAGUCCUGUUUUGCUUCCUGUGCGCACAUGUCACAUGAACCAACGUGGCUUUGGUUUGUAAAAGGCUUCUCUGCGUCUAUUAUAACUAUUUUAUUACGAUAUUGAAGAACGCGAGAGCAGUUCUCGGUGAAACAUGUUUAAUGAGGAGGCAGACUGGAGUGAUGGAGAGGACGCUCCGGUAACGAGUCCCCCCGCCCUGACGACGAACAGCAGCAGGAAAGUGAAGGUCGUGGGUAAGAAGAGUUUGCUGCGGACGCUGCAGACGCUGGGAUCAGUCCCGGCGUGGGAGAGCGAGGAGCGGGUGCAGACCAGCGACAGUGAGGGUGAAGCCAGGCCGCCGCCCGGCAAGAAGAAGAAAAAGAGAAAGAAGAAGAGGAGGCGUGCAGGAACCUCUGGAGAGCAGCAGGAGAAUGGAGAGGAAUCCGCCAAAGAGGAGAAACCUGCCAUCAAAAAGAUGAAGGAAGGUAGAAAUUCUGGGGCUUCGAAGGCGGAACGUUUACCUGCAAAGGAGGCAAAGGGUGAAAACCUCACAGAGUCCGACCAGCCGGAUGCAAAGCAGCCACAGAACUCAGACCGGCUGAACAGGCAACAGUGGAAAAACAAAAUGAAGAACAAGAGGAAAUGUAAAAACAAGUACCGCCAGGAUAAGCCAGAGGACGGAGCAAAUCCAGCUGCAGACACUCAGGAGCUGAAGAAAGCAGUGGAAAUGGAUCCAAACAGCAAUAGUUUGAAAACUGUUGAGGCAACGACCCGAAAGACGAGAAGGAAAGAACUCCAACAACAGAAACGAGACAAGGCCGAGAAGCAGCUGCUUGUAAAAGAGGACAAAACACAAAGCAAAGUGGGAAAAAGUCAGAGUGAAAUCCGUGCUGCUGAAACCGACCAGAACGAGUCCAAGGUGGAGAACGCCGACGUCGACAAGCAGAACACUCUGAGCCCCCAGCAGAGGAGGGAGCAGAGCGCCAGACGAGAGAGGCUGAGGAAGCUCCUUCAGAGCCAGACGGCGGACCGACCCCAGAGUCCCGUGGCAGAGCCGCGAGACGAGCCGGCGGAGCCCGAGGCGGCGCCGAGCCCGGCCGACGCCUUCAGGUCCCGCAUGGAGCAGCGGCUGGAGUCGGCCCGCUUCCGCUACAUCAACGAAGUCCUGUACAGCACGACCAGCGGCGAGGCCAGGCGCAUGUUCAGCCAGGACCCACAGGCCUUCUGGGUCUACCACAAAGGAUACACGGCGCAGGUGCAGCGGUGGCCCGCCAACCCCGUGGACGGCAUCAUCGCCUACAUCAAGAGACAGUCUCCCUCUCUGGUGGUUGCAGACUUCGGUUGCGGUGACUGUAAAAUCGCGCGGAGCGUGAAGAACAGAGUGCACAGCUUCGACCUGGCGGCGACCUGCGAGCUGGUCACCGUCUGCGACAUGGCGCACGUCCCGCUGGAGGACGGCUCUGUGGACAUCGCCGUCUUCUGUCUCUCUCUCAUGGGCACCAACCUGGCCGAGUUUGUGGCGGAGGCCAACCGGGUCUUAAAGAUGGGCGGCGUCCUUAAGGUCGCGGAGGUGGCGAGUCGAUUCGACAACGUGCGCAGCUUCCUCACUGCGCUGUCGCGUCUGGGAUUCAAGAUGCAGUCAAAGAACACAGAAAACACUCAUUUCUACUCGUUUGACUUUGAGAAGACGGGAAACGUUCCAGAAAACGUGAAGAAAGUUGGCCUGCAGUUGAAGCCUUGUUUGUACAAGAAGAGAUGAAGACGUUCGUGUCCUUCAGUACAUCGCUGGGCUGAUUUUGAAGAUGGACACAGAAAGAUCGUUGCAGUUUUAUUUUCCGUGUUGAUGCAGCGUUUUCACGUGUCGUUAUCAGAAUCCAGCUGUGCAGUCAUUGAUAUGAAAUGUAAAUGAUGCCGUGUUGUUCUUGAUAAAUGCAAUAGAAAGCCUUUAUGAAGAUAAAAGUUGUUUUUUA